AUGGGACAGAAGCCUAGCAGCCCGCUGGCGACUUGUCUCGACAACGUCUGCAACGGCCGCUCCUCUUGCGUUGGAUACCCAAACGACCCUCUCUUCCAGCUCAACUGGGUGAAGCCGUACAAUCUCGAUAUCCCGGUGGAGCCCAUCGCUGUCACAAAACCGUCAACAACGGAAGAUGUCGCCGGUUUCGUCAAAUGCGCUGCAGACAACAAUGUCAAGGUCCAAGCCAAAUCGGGAGGCCACUCAUAUGCUCCACUGCUAACACGGUCGUCUACCCGCAGCAACUUUGGCAUUGGUGGCACCGACGGCGCUCUCGUCAUUGACUUGGCAAACUUUCAAAACUUCUCCAUGGAUACGAACACUUGGCAGGCAACUAUCGGCGGAGGCCACAAGCUGCACGACGUGACGGAAAAACUGCACGACAACGGGAAGAGAGCCAUGGCUCACGGCACGUGUCCCGGUGUAGGCAUCGGAGGCCAUGCCACAAUUGGCGGUCUCGGCCCCAGCUCAAGGAUGUGGGGAAGCUGUCUAGAUCACGUCGUGGAAGUUGAGGUGGUCACCGCAGACGGCAAGAUCCAGCGAGCAAGCGAGAGCCAGAACUCGGACCUCUUCUUUGCUCUCAACGGCGCCGGCGCCGGCUUCGGCGUCAUCACCGAAUUCGUUAUGCGGACCCACCCCGAGCCCGGCGAUGUUGUGCAGUACUCGUACGCCAUCACUUUCGCCAAGCACCGCGAUCUUGCACCCGUCUUCAAGCAAUGGCAAGACCUCAUCUCUGACCCGGAGCUAGACCGUCGGUUCAGCAGCGAAUUUGUGAUGCAAGAACUCGGCGUCGCCAUCACGGCUACGUUUUACGGGACGGAAGAUGAGUUCAAGAAGACGGGCAUUCCAGACCGCAUCCCCGAGGGUAAGGUAUCCGUGGUAGUAAAUGACUGGCUCGGCGACGUUGCUCAAAAGGCACAAGACGCGGCGCUCUGGUUGAGUGAUAUCCAGUCACCCUUCACCUCCAAGAGUCUCGCCUUUACCCGCAACGACCUCCUCAGCGAAGAUGGCAUCCAAGGAAUGAUGGACUACGUGGAUGGUGCCGAUCGCGGUACCCUGAUUUGGUUCCUCAUCUUUGACGUCACCGGCGGCGCAAUCAACGACGUGCCCAUGAACGCUACUGCCUACCGCCACCGCGACAAGGUUAUGUUCUUCCAGGGCUACGGUGUCGGCAUCCCGACUUUGAGCAGCAAGACCAAGGAUUUCAUGUCUGGGGUCGCCGACAAGAUUCGGAAAGCGAGUCCUAACGAGCUGAGCACAUAUGCUGGGUAUGUCGACCCGACACUCGACAACGCGCAAGAGAGGUACUGGGGAACCAAUCUUCCAACGCUGGAGCGCAUUAAAGCGACAUGGGAUCCCAAGGAUUUGUUCUCGAACCCUCAGAGUGUGCGACCCAAUGCGAGCGCAGAGAUUGUUGAGCCUACGACUAGUGGUGGUUCGGAUGGGUCGAAUAACAGCGAUUCGACGGGCGGUGGCAGCUAG